CUCCAAACUGCGGAGAAUGAGCCGCGCGGGCCGCCGUAGUCAGCUGCUACGAGCAGGAAGUGUCCCAGCUGCAGGCGGAGACUGCACCAUGGCCCCAGACCCCUGGUUCUCCACGUACGAUUCUACUUGUCAGAUUGCCCAAGAAAUCGCUGAGAAGAUUCAAGAACGAAAUCAGUGUGAAAGAAGAGGUGAGAAGACACCUAAGCUUACCCUGACAAUCAGAACUUUGUUGAAGAAUCUGAAGGUAAAGAUCGACCUCUUGAAGGACUUACUUCUAAGAGCUGUGUCGACGCGCCAGAUAACACAACUGGAGGGGGAUCGAAGACAGAACCUUCUGGAUGACCUUGUCACCCGAGAGAGACUGCUCCUGGCAUCGUUUAAGAAUGAGGGUUCCGAGCCGGAUUUGAUCAGGUCCAGCCUGAUGAGUGAAGAAGCAAAGCGAGGAACUCCCAACCCUUGGCUCUGUGAGGAGCCGGAGGAGACCAGAGGCUUGGGUUUUGAUGAGAUCCGGCAACAGCAGCAGAAAAUUAUUCAAGAACAGGAUGCGGGUCUUGAUGCCCUUUCCUCUAUCAUAAGUCGCCAAAAGCAAAUGGGCCAGGAGAUUGGGAAUGAACUGGACGAACAGAACGAGAUCAUCGAUGACCUUGCCAACCUGGUGGAGAACACAGAUGAGAAGCUUCGCACUGAAGCCAGGCGAGUGACCCUGGUGGACAGAAAGUCAGCUUCCUGUGGGAUGAUAAUGGUGAUCUUAUUGCUGCUCGUGGCUAUUGUGGUCGUUGCAGUGUGGCCAACCAACUGAUGGCAAUAAGGGGACCACCCGCAGUGACACAGCCAACAAUGAGUGAAAGCCCAGCACCCUUUUGGUACGCAACACCUGCUCUCAAUAAAUUUUCCACGCUCCCGGC